AUGGAUUACGAAAACGAAAGCCGUGGGUACGAUGAAGAUAGAGAGCAGUACCAGCGCGACGAGCGCUCUGUUUCUCCUAGGGGCAGACGCGGAGAUUCGGCUCCCAGGCGUGAUCGCGUCAGAAGCGCGUCCCCUGGGGUAGGGGCGAACGCUCCGUUCCACCAGAGUCAAGACCUGAUGACCGCCGUGCUCUUGACACAGCGUCAAACACGUCUGAACGCGGUGGUCACCGUGGCGGAAAUGGUGGCUCACCAGUUGAUGGUGCCACCAACACUGUAUGGCGAGGUUGAGAAGUGCCAGAUCAUGUUGGAUCCUCACACCAAGGAGUCCCGUGGAUUUGGAUUCGUCAAGAUGGCCACUCUUGAGCAGGCCGAUGGUGCUAAGGAGGGCUUGCAAGGCGAGGUCUUCGAGGGUAGAACCUUGAGCAUCGAGAAGGCCAGGAGAAGCCGUCCCAGAACGCCAACUCCAGGAAAAUACUUUGGACCACCCAAGAGAGAUGAUUUCCGCCGUGGACCCCCACCUCCACGUUAUGAUGACCGUGGCGGCGGGCGUUACCCUCCUCGUGGCGGACGCUACGAUGAGUAUGACCGUGGCUACUCUUCACGCUACGAUGAUCGUGAUGGUCGUGGUGGCGACCGCUACUACCGCUCUCGUGAGCCCCGUGAUGACUACCCCCCUCCCCGUGGUGUGGAUCGUUAUGCAUCAAGCCGUGGUGAUGAUCGCUACACUCGUGAGGACCGUCGCGCUCCAAGGGAGCCUGGAUACACCAGCUAUGCUGAGCGUGAGCCUGGUUACUCCAGAACUGCCGCUGCUGAGCCUGCCGUCCCGCCUGCUGGCAGUGAGAGUGGUGGCAGAGGAGGUUAUGGUGGGUAUCGUGAUGAUCCCCGCGAUGACCGCAGCUACAGGAGGUAA